GAAUGGAAGUGGAUGAAGAGGUCAAUGAAGAAGAAUUAGAAAUCCAACCCGAUAAUCAAAACUCUACACCCUCUAGCAGUAAAAAACAGACUAACAAGGACGAAAAUGCUGAGCCACAAGCCCCUGCUUCGCGUUCAUCCAUCGAAAAAUUACCUAAGAAGAAGGCUAAGAAACUGAUUAGAAGAGAAGAUUUGCCCAUCUUAAAAAAGUUAAUCAAGGAAUCAUCUGCUCCUAUUACACAACAAAUUUCUUCUGAUAGAACUAUUUCUUUGCAGACGUUCCCCGAUAUGGAUAUUGACUCAGUUAAUUUUUGUGAAUUAAAUGACAGGAUCAUCAAAGCCAAAGAUGACAAUAAAAAAACCGGUCUAGUACUGAUCCAUUCAUAUUAUUAUUUUGGGAAAGG